GAGAGAGAGAGAGAGAGAGAGAGAGAGAGAGAGAGGAGAAUUGUUCUGUUGCUGCUGGUGCCGGAUAAUCCUGCUUCCCAGCUGCCUCAGUCAACAACUUACUGAGCUGCUUUUUCUUUUACAAAAGGAUGUCAGCUCUGAAAGCCGGAGAGAAAUAACAGACUUCACCUUGGAAUAGCUGAGCACACUCAUGCAGCAUUAAAGCAGAAUUGAAGAGAAACAAAAAAUCAAGCCCUAACCCAGCCCCUCUUCAUUUCUACAUUGCAAAGAGAACAGUUUCAUGAUACAGAAUACCAAGGUGUCUUGAUCUUCUGUCUGCUUUUUGGUAAUGGUUCAAGGUUGAAAAUGAUGACCUGUGCUAAUCAACAGUGACAGCUGGGGUCCAAUGGCUGCUCCUGUAAUUCCACCCAUGAAUAAGGAUGUAAACAUUGCCUGACCUUUCCCUGAUGGGCAGCUAAAUCAUGGACAGACUAAAUUAUCUGCUUUGGACUGUUCUUCCAAAAGAUGCUUUGGCUUCUCUCUUGAAUGCACACUGAGCCAUUGUAGGCCACGAAGACAGGAAGGACUGUGAACAGGAAGCGAUCUUACAAUGAAAAUUACGAGCACAUCUUGCAUCUGCCCAGUCCUCGUGUGUCUCUGUUUUGUGCAGAGGUGUUAUGGAACUGCUCACCACAACUCCAUCAAAGUGACCAGAAACCAAACCAAACACACGGAAGGGGAAACAGAAGUCCACCAUCGUCCGAAGAGGGGAUGGGUAUGGAACCAGUUCUUUGUUUUAGAAGAACAUAUGGGACCAGAUCCACAGUAUGUUGGAAAAUUACACUCCAACUCUGACAAAGGUGAUGGGUCUGUCAAGUACAUCCUCACUGGAGAAGGUGCUGGGACUAUCUUCAUCAUUGAUGACACCACGGGGGACAUCCACUCCACCAAAAGCCUGGACAGAGAGCAGAAGACUCACUAUGUGCUUCAUGCCCAAGCCAUUGACAGACGGACAAACAAACCCCUUGAACCUGAGUCUGAGUUCAUCAUCAAAGUGCAAGAUAUCAAUGACAAUGCUCCAAAGUUCACAGAUGGACCAUACAUCGUUACUGUGCCUGAAAUGUCAGAUAUGGGUACCUCUGUUCUACAGGUGACAGCUACAGAUGCAGAUGACCCCACUUAUGGAAACAGCGCUCGAGUUGUUUACAGUAUACUGCAAGGACAACCUUAUUUCUCUGUAGAUCCUAAAACAGGAGUCAUUAGAACAGCUUUGCACAACAUGGAUAGAGAAGCCAGAGAGCAUUACUCAGUGGUCAUUCAAGCCAAAGACAUGGCUGGGCAAGUUGGCGGACUUUCGGGAUCCACAACUGUCAAUAUAACCUUGACUGAUGUCAAUGACAACCCACCUCGGUUCCCACAGAAACACUAUCAGCUGUAUGUCCCUGAAUCUGCUCAAGUUGGUUCAGCUGUUGGGAAAAUCAAGGCAAAUGAUGCAGACACAGGCUCAAAUGCAGAUAUGACUUAUUCCAUCACCAGCGGAGACGGGGUGGGGAUAUUCUCCAUCUCCACUGACAAGGACACCAGAGAAGGAAUACUCUCCUUAAAGAAGCCACUGAAUUAUGAGAAAAAGAAGUCCUACACUCUCAACAUUGAAGGAGCAAAUACACACCUGGACUUCCGCUUUUCCCACUUGGGUCCAUUUAAAGAUGCCACCAUGUUGAAGAUCAUUGUUGGGGAUGUGGAUGAACCACCACUUUUUUCUAUGCCAUCUUAUGUCAUGGAAGUCUAUGAAAAUUCCAAGAUUGGGACAAUUGUUGGUACCGUCUUGGCACAGGAUCCAGACAGUGCAAAUAGUUUAGUAAGGUAUUUCAUCAACCAAAGUCCUGAAGAGGACAGAUUUUUCAAUAUUGACGCCAAUACUGGAACCAUUAAGACUUCAAAAGUUCUUGAUAGAGAAGAAACACCAUGGUACAAUAUAACAGUGACUGCUUCAGAAAACGACAAUCCGAGUUUGCUGAGCCAUGUCUCCGUGGGUAUUAGAGUUCUGGAUGUCAAUGACAACCCACCCGAACUUGCCAGAGAAUAUGAUAUUGUUGUCUGUGAGAAUUCUAAACCUGGUCAGGUUAUUCACACCAUCACUGCCACUGAUAAAGAUGACUUUGCCAAUGGACCAAGAUUUAAUUUUUUUCUUGAUGAACGCCUGCCCACGAACCCAAACUUCACACUUAAGGACAAUGAAGAUAACACAGCCAGCAUUCUGACCAGGCGGAGGAGAUUUAGUCGAACUAUGCAGGAUGUGUAUUAUCUGCCCAUUAUGAUCUCUGAUGGUGGAAUCCCCUCUCUCAGCAGCAGCAGUACCCUCACCAUCAGGGUUUGUGCAUGCGAGAGAGAUGGGCGCGUCCGGACCUGCCAUGCAGAAGCCUUCCUGUCCUCCGCUGGUUUGAGCACAGGAGCCCUAAUCGCUAUUCUUCUUUGUGUUGUCAUUCUCCUUGCCAUUGUGGUUCUCUUUAUCACCCUGAGGCGCAGCAAAAAAGAACCCUUGAUCAUUUCAGAGGAGGAUGUGCGGGAGAAUGUGGUCACAUAUGAUGAUGAGGGAGGUGGUGAGGAAGAUACCGAGGCCUUUGACAUCACAGCUUUGAGGAAUCCUUCUGCUGCAGAGGAGUUCAAGUACCGCAGAGACAUCAGGCCUGAAGUGAAGCUCACUCCUAGACACCAGUCGUUGUCCACCCUGGAGACUAUAGAUGUUCAGGAGUUUAUUAAGCAAAGACUGGCAGAAGCAGACUUGGACCCCAGUGUGCCCCCUUAUGACUCUCUUCAGACUUAUGCCUAUGAGGGUCAGAGGUCAGAAGCUGGGUCUAUCAGCUCACUGGACUCUGCAACCACGCAAUCAGACCAGGAUUAUCACUACCUUGGAGACUGGGGACCCGAGUUUAAAAAGUUAGCUGAACUCUAUGGAGAACUAGAAUCUGAAAGAACAACUUAGGGGGUUAAUUUUUGGAGCUUUGUAGAAUUUGCUUCCUGACCAAGUGGAGAUAUGACCUCAAUCUGAAAAGGAAGUUGAGCGGAAACAGUACUUGGAACUGAGCAAGCUGUACACAGCUCCUGUAGAAACAAGUGCCCUUUUUAUGAUCAAAAGUGGGUUAUUUAAUUGGAAGAAAGUCAGAUAUAAAAAAUAUACAGAGAAAAAGCUAUUGCUCCUUGUGUAUAUUUUCAAAUGCUCAAUAAAGUCUAUGGUACUGUUUAAUUAAGAAUAUGUGAACUAAGCCAAACAAUGAAUAUUUAUUUCAUGAUGUUGUGAUUUCUUUUACCCAAAGCCAAAUUACACAAGGGGGUGGGGCUUAAAAUUACUGUGAGAUCCGAACGGUGUAAUGCACAGCACAUGGAAACACAUGGAGGUAGUCACAGCCUCCUUCGCUAUUUUUUUUCUGGGAGUAGUUUUGAGACCCAUAGUCCUUUAUUAUGACAGAUCACAUUUUUUCCCUUUGCUUAAAUUACAGGGGGUAUUCCCAAUAUAUUACGCGACUCUGUCAUGGACUUGAAUAUACCAUUUUCCUCUGCCCUCCCCACUACUUUUCUCCAUACACAGCUGAUGGAGCAUGGGGAUUUGCUGCCUGCACUAUGACAUAUGCAACUUCAGUGCACUGGUGAUGCACUGUUCACAACAUGGAGACGGAGGUCUCUGUCCUGUCCAUCAUCUUCUAUGUUAACAGGAGACAAUGUUUUAAAAUUGAUAAAAUGAGUAGACUCCAAUCAUUAGAUAUGUCAGGGAAAUUUUGAUUUAAAAAAUAAAUACAAACCUCAUCCUGAAUAAAACAUUAUAAAGUUUUUGUGUUUAUCUAUCUGUUUUGAUCCCCUUUCGUUUUAGUGCAUUUAUACUUGAAAUGGGUUGUUUUUUUUCUGACGUGUCUAUACCUCACCACAUUUCACUUAUUUCCACCUUAGCUGGGCAUUGAUAAUGUGUAAGCCAUGUGCUUAGGUUUGAUCAUUUUGUGUUAUCUACUGUUGUUUAGCCACCUUCUUCCUUCAUGUGGUUUCAGAUUUUCAGUUUCCCUGGUCAGUCCUUGCACAUGUGGCACUUACAAAAAAAAAACAAAAAACAAAAAAAACAAAAAACAAAAAACAACAACAAAAAAAAAAAAAACAUGUAGGAGCAGGCCAAAGAAGUAGAGGAAUCACACAGAUGACCCCUGAAAGAGAUACCUGAGAGUCUCUGAAUGUCAGGGACCCAGCUGCAGUGUAGAAAUGGCAAUUGAUUUCCUGCCUACCUCACAGGGCUGUUGUGAGGACAAAGCAGUCACUGCAGAAACAGCUUGCCAAGUGCAAAGUAUUCUGCUACCUGAAGACUUACACACACCCAACGUACCAACACCAAUAGCUUUAACAUAUAUACAAGCAUACAUUUUACCACAUAAUUAUCUUAGGGUCAGAAAAUUUUAUGAAACUUUUAAGAGUGAAGUGAAGCUAUUGUUAAAUAAAUAUGUGAUACAAGUCUAAUAAUUUAAAUAUUUUUCAAACAAUCUCAUUUUCCUUAUAACUUCCUGGGGCUUUUUAAACUUUUAUUUAAAUAAAUAUUUCUUUCCCUUGCUUUCAGGGCUUUAUGUGAAGAAAAAAAAAAGAAAAA